AUGCACGGUGAGCGGAGUUUGAACGGCGGAGUGAGAGAGCGUCGAGGCGGGUCGGGUGCAUUCUGGCUGCAGCAGCCUGCAUGGCCAACGACCGCGUCCGCGCAAAGGUCCGUCCCUGUCCCCUCGCCGUUGUCGCCAUCGCCGACGACUCACCCGCACCCACCCCAGGGCAUCACCAUCCACCGCCCCAUCAUCUACGGCAACACCGCCGUCGUCCUCACCCAGAAAGACCGCGAGCAGCUCCCGUCCCCGGACCACACCCACCGCUGGACCGUCGCCGUUCGCAGCGCCGCAUCCCUCCCCGACUCCCCCAUCGUCGGCGGCGCUGACGACAUCAGCUACUUCGUCAAGCGCGUCACCUUCAAGCUCCAUGACACCUACGCCAACCCCACCCGCAACAUAGACAAGCCGCCCUUCGAGGUCUCCGAGACGGGCUGGGGCGAGUUCGAAGUCCAGAUCCGCAUCCACUUCCUCCCCGACUCGGGCGAGAAGCCCAUCAUGCUCUACCACCACCUCAAGCUCCACCCUUGGCCGUCCGCCGCCCCCACUGCCCCCACCGCCUCCACUGCCCCCGGCGCGGCUGCGCCCGAGCCCGACGCGGCCCCGCACCCCGACCUCGCGCUCCUACACGGGCCCGUGCACUCCUGGCAGUACGACGAGCUGCUCUUCUUCGACCCCUUCCAGUCCUUCCUCAACAUCCUCCUCGCGCACCCCCCGACCGCGCUCCCGAAAGCCAAGACCCGCCCCGCGCCCUUCAACGGCGUCCUCCCCGCGCUCUACGAGCCCGCAAAGGGCGCCACCCCCGAGUUCACGGCCGUCAUGGAGGCGGAGGAGAUCGACCGCCUCGAGGCGGCGCGCAAGGAGGUCGUCGCGGAGCACGAACGCUGGCGCGUGCGGCUCCUUGAGAAGGAGGCAGAGCUGGAGCGCCUGAAGCGCGAGCUUAGCGAGGCCUGA